AUAAGAAACACAUUGUCAUAGCCAUAAUUUUAUUUAGAGUUAUAUCUCUCUGAUUCUCAGUCCCUUUUUUUUAUGCUCCAAAAGCUUUUUUGUUUUUUUCUAUCUCCUCCAGUUUCAGAGUCUUUGAUCACAUUCACACAGCCUUUUUAUUUUGAUUUUUGGGUCUGUUUUUGUUGCAAAUUUCUGAGAUUUGGGAGUCGGCUGCUGUGAUUUUCCUGAGAAAGUCCGAAGCUUUUUUUAUGAGUUUGAUUGGCGAAACUGAGAAAAGCAGAGCAAAGCAAAACAAAGGGCGGGUGUACACAACCUCUGUGCUACCGAUGCCAGAAACUCGGCAGGCCCAGAAGAAUGCUGUUCCGAAUCAAUCCGAUGGCAACGUUGAAGAGGCAUUUUGGCGGUUGACUAUCAACGAUAAUCAAGAUGGGGGCGGUGUGGCUCAGUCUAACCCAUACCCUGAUCGACCUGGUGAACCUGACUGCAUAUAUUAUUUGAGGACUGGUUUGUGUGGUUAUGGAAGUAAUUGUCGUUUUAAUCACCCUAAAUAUGGUUCACAGGCUGCUCAGUACAAUGGAGAACUCCCUGAAAGAGUUGGACAACCUGACUGUGGGUAUUUUCUGAAGACAGGAACUUGCAAAUAUGGAUCUACCUGUAAAUUCCAUCAUCCAAGGGACAGGCGUGGAGCUGGACCAGUCGUAUUCAACAUUUUAGGACUCCCCAUGCAUCAGGAAGAAAAAUCAUGUCCUUAUUACAUGCGAACUGGAUCAUGCAAGUUUGGACCUGCAUGCAAGUUUCAUCAUCCCCAGCCUCAGUCACUUGGCACUGUCUUACCUGCUUUUGGAGCUGCAGGCUCCACAGUUUUGCCUUCUUCAGGUCUACCUUAUGCAGGUGGACUUUCUGCAUGGUCAUUUCCAAGAGCGCCAUAUUUAUCAGGCCCACGUUUACAAUCUCCACAUUCUUACAUGCCUGUUGUUCUUCCACCCCAAGGCAUUGUACCUGCCCAUGGAUGGAACACCUAUGUGGGAAACAUUAGCCCUGUGACUUCCACUGGAAUUCUUGGCUCCAACCUCACAUACAACUCUAGAACUCAGGGGGAGUCAGCUUCCAAUGGGCAGGUUCACUUGUUGUCAAGCUCAAGUCUCCCACAUAGGCCUGAUCAACCUGAAUGCCGGUAUUUUAUGAGCACGGGGACUUGCAAAUAUGGAAUAGAUUGCAAGUACCAUCACCCAAAAGAAAGGAUUGCAGAAUCAGCUACACACCCACUUGGGCUUCCCUCAAGACCUGGGCAACCAGUAUGUUCAUACUACAUCAUGUAUGGAAUCUGCAAGUAUGGACCAACUUGCAGAUUCGAUCACCCAUUUGUGGAACAUUCUGCUGGCUAUAAUUUUGGUAUGAAUGCUUUGCCACUUGAUUCCUCCCUCCUUGGUUAUCCCAGAAGCUGGUCAGUGGCCCAUGGAUUAGAGACUUCCCCCUCCAUCUCCGCAAAAUUUCCUGAUGGGGUCAAGAAACCUGUGAACAACAAGUAUGAGAACUCAGAUACAAAGAUUGCUGACGAUUCCCCUGAACAAGCUGGUUCUGUGCCACCUUCUCCAACUUCCUCAGAACCCGUACAAGACCAAUCUGGUUGAAGCCAGAUUUUUUUAGGUGCACUUUGCUUAUUUUUUUAUUUCAGUAUCUUAAAAGGGAAUAUUUAAUACACACUCUCCUGCCCCCCCCAUUUUCACCUGUGAAUCUCCGGAGUUGGAUAGGUUCUCUGGAGAUCAAUUUGAUGAGCAAAAACUGGGGGGCAUGGAAAGCAUUUUUUUUGUGGUGAAUAAAACGCAGGUGGAAAAUUCUAAGA